AUGUCUCCUGCGCUACGAAGCUAUGGUGAUUUUUAUGCUAUCCUUAAGGUGAGUCCAGAGGCAACAUUCGCUGAGAUACGCACUGCAUAUCGGCGGGCAGCAUUGCUCUCACACCCGGAUAAGGGUGGCAGCCAGGAGGAUUUCGUGAAGGUUGCUAAAGCUUUCGAGGUCCUCUCUAGGGUCGGAGACGAUCAUGCAGGAAGUCGUUCAAAUGGGGCUUGCAGCCGGCAAGGGAAGCGCAAGGCUCCAGCCGCAAAUGCAGGUGAAACUAGAGUUGCCAGCCGAUCACGGAGUUUGCUGGAUGCUUUGGAGCGACUGCAGCAGCUGCUGCAGAGACUGCCCGCUGAAGAUCGCCGAGAGAUGCUGGCGUCCCUUUCUGAACCUAUCCGAGCACGUCUUCUGGAAUUUGUGCAUUCGCGCGCUGCACCAGAUGACUGUGAUGGGCAUGGUUCGGCUGCAAAAGGCCACGACCACGAGUCAACUAAUGAAAGGUGCACAAGAGCAGAUGGCACUGAUGAGCAUGACCACGAAGCACAAGACCACGGGUCAGACGAUGCAGAGGACAGUGCAGACCAAGGGCACAACAGCGACAGCGAUGGAGGUGAAGUGCUCGAGAUUGAGGACCAGGAUGACAGCGAGCAUUCUGAUGAGUCCGAGCAGGCUAGACGACCUGACGUAAAUGAAGGGCAGCGCAAUCGAAGAACGCCACGCGGUGUCGAAACGUGUUUGGGCAGCAACAACUGCUCGAUGUAUCGUGCGCAUGUGUCAAUUCUUCAGCUUGGCUGCACGACCCGUUACCAGCCCUCACUGGACAUUGCCGUAGAGCAGCACAUCACGCUGGUACUUGUGCGCCGUCUUGUUCUGCAAGGUACAUCCUUGGAGGAGCUGGGCCUGAGAGCACGCGUGCGGCUUGUGCUCAUGGACCGCCGGACAGUCCGUUGCCAUGGCAUCCAGGGGGGCAUGGAAGUAGAAGUGCGAUCCCACUACAUGCUUAUGGAGGAGGCUCUGAAGUGGCGGCAGCGUUUGAUCGCAGGACGGAUCUCUGGCUGGGAAGCAUUCAGUGCUGUGUGGGUAGAGCUCCUGCAGCAUCCGGACAGGAGGUACUUUGGUAAGCGCUUGACUGCAGAGAAGGCUGCAGACUAUAUUCAGCAGCGAUGGGAGCUUCUGCAGCCUCAUUGGGAACGAAUGCAGCAAGAGCGCUGGGUCAAACCUGACAAGGACAUCGAGCUAAGCCGAUGCAGGAGGCAAAUCAGGAGCGCCGCACGUGCUGUUAAGCGUGGUUUGGAGGCGGAGGCUGCUGUUGCCCGGCGUGAAUCCCUCAGACUGGCUGCAAAGCAGCGCGAUCUCCGAGAACAGCGCUGGCGUUGGCUAAGAAGAAGUGAUCUCACCAUGGACGAAAUGAUGCAAGGCCUGCCUGCGCACCUGCGCGGGGAUGUGGGUGGCGACGGCUGA